UCAAUGUUCUAGAUCGGUCACAUGUUUUUGAUGACAUCUUACAUGGUCGAGCACCUAAAGUUAAGUUCAAGGUCAACAACCACACUUAUCGUAUUGCCUACUAUCUUACUGACGGAAUUUAUCCAAAUUGGGCAACAUUUAUCCAAUCCAUCCCACUUCCUCAAGGUCGUAAAGCCGAAACAUUUGCUGAAAAGCAAGAAUCCGCCAAAAAAGAUGUCGAACGGGGUUUUGGAGUAUUGUAAUCGAGGUUUGCAAUUGUUAAAAACCCAGCUCUACAAUGGGACAAGGCAAAGAUAGGAAAGAUAAUGAAAACUUGUGUCAUAUUGCACAAUAUGAUAGUAGAGAACGAACGACACAGAUACGCUCAAAUUAAUACAUCUGAGUUUGAGUCAGGAGAGUCCAGCAGAAGUUCAAGGGUGAGAAGUAGAGAUAGUAUUCAUGUCGGUGAUAUGUUAGGCAUCCGCAGAGAAGUUCGAGAUUUAGAGAAGCAUGCUCGAUUGAAAGCUGAUUUAGUGGAAAAUAUUUGGCAAAAGUUUGGUGAUAAAGAUGAAUAAGCUUUGUAUGUUUUUGAAUUUCUCUAUUUAUGUAAUCUACUCUUAAUGUAUUGAAUAAAAAAUUUUCAAAAUUUUAUAAUAUAUUUUAAUAUUUUAUUCAUGUAUUCUGAAUUAUUUCUAUUUUUUUAAUUUAUAUUAUUAUUUUAUUCCUAUGAACUCAUUCUUCGGGUUCACUAAUGCAGAAAACAACAAAUACAAGUUCAUAACUAUUUAUAGUCCGACAAAAAAAUAUUAAAAAAAUUAGGUGAACCUCAUGCUCUAAGAGCACCCGCAACGCGGGUUCGUGAUGAAUCCUAAGCGCGAUAACUUAGGUAAAAGCAAUUAAAAAAAUAAUUUUAAAAUGUCGUAACCGAAGGAUUGAUCCUAAACUAAGGGGUUUAAGGAUCAAAUCCUUAAUCACGUGGCAAGGCGGGAGUGGUCGUGGUAGGGGUUGUGUUUCGUAUGUGGAAAAAAACAUUCAUUCUCUUUCUCCGUCUCGAAAAAAAAACUCUCCCGAAGGCGAAAGGCGAUUCAGAGAUCGUGAAACGGUGAAGGUUUUGAAAUGGAGGAAGAACUUCGCGAUAAGAAAGCACAAAAAGAGUACUACAACAUGAUCGAUUUUGUUGCAAAUGCGCAACAGGGGAUUCCCAAAAUUUGCCCCUGUGGAUCAAUCACGAAAGAAACCGUUGAUGAAGAUGAUACGUACGACUACCUCCCGGGAAAAAGAUACUUUAUCUGCAAAGACUUUGAGAAUGAUGGGCUGCAUUUCAGGCAACCAUGGGUUACGGCUAUUCAUGAAGAAGUUGAGAGGCUCAAAGAACGGUAUCACGAGCAGGCGAAGCUUCUGAGAGAGUGCCAGGCAGUUACGGUGAGUGAUGAGUGAUCUGUUAUGUCUUUAGGACUUUACUUAUAUGUGGGUAGGACUAUAGUUCUGUAAUAACUGUAUGAUGUAUGUUCAGGACGAGGUGAGAAUGCUGCAGGACGAGGUGAGAAUGCUGCUUAUGUGUGUG